GCCCUCGGCCGGUCACUGACUCUCUCACCAUCGGAUGGGUACAUACGCAGUACAGGUCACACUACCCUUCAUUCCCCUUCUUCGCAUUGGAGUGAUUCGCAGCGGACAACCAUGGCGAGGGCCCUUUUCGCCCCCCAUGGGAAUGUGCGAAUGCUUCUGCUGCUGCUGCUGCUGCCGCUGACGCCCGGCUCAGCCUGCAAUUGCGUGCGCAACCAACAGCAUCCAUCCCUCCACCCUCCCUUCCAGCUCGUGUUCCAUUUCUCCACGGCAAAACUUUACUUUCCGCGGACCAGUCACGAGCCGCCUGCGAUCCCAUCAUCGAUCCGAGUAGGCAAUGACAGCUCAAGGCUCCCCCACCACACUAUUGGAGGUGACGACGCCUAUGGAUGCUUGAUGCUCGUGAAGGUGGCUUUUACGAGUGGUAUAUCCGUCGAGAAAACCUAUGCAGAAUGCUCUGCGCUUGUGCAUUUGGAAGACUCGAAAAUAGCAUCGGCACUUACACACCUAGCCUUGAUCGCACGCUACUUCACGGCUUGCACGGUACCUGCAUUCUGCGCAAUGGUCCUUGCUUCUGGCCUCCAAUCGACGGACUCGGACACUAACAGCUCUCGCCUGACGGCCCUGGCCCAGGACUCUCAUUGGAACCCUGUCCAUGCGUAUGCGCCCUUCAGAGAGGCUCCACGGCCGACGACGGGAAGCCUGCAGCAUCGACAGGGCAUCGCCUGGUUCUGA